AUGGAGUAUUUCCAUGGGCCCUGUCCCUGGAGAGUUGUCUCAGCACUCAGCCAGCAGCUUCUGUGUCCAUCAGCAGCCUCUGCAGCUGGUUUCCAGAAUGGAGGAGCCACUGUCAACGGAGAUGUGUUUCAGGAGUCCAACGGCCCCACGGAUGCCUACGCAGCCAUAGCCAAGGCUGACCGGCUGACCCAGGAACCCGAGAGCAUCCGCAAGUGGAGGGAGGAGCAGAAGAAGCGCCUGGAGGAGCUGGAUGCAGCAUCGAAGGUGACUGAGCAGGAAUGGCGUGAGAAGGCCAAGAAGGACCUGGAGGAGUGGAACCUCCGUCAGAAUGAGCAGAUGGAGAAGAACCGGGCAAACAACAGGGCAUCGGAGGAGGCAUUCCUGAAGGAGUCCAAGGAGGAGACCCCGGGCUCUGAGUGGGAGAAGGUGGCCCAGCUGUGUGAUUUCAACCCCAAGAGCAGCAAGCAGAGCAAGGAUGUCUCGCGGAUGCGCUCGGUGCUCAUCUCCCUGAAACAGACGCCCCUGUCCCGCUAGCUGUGCCUGGCACAGCUGGGAGCACUGCGGGCACGGCCGGGAUCACCGAGUCGGGUGGCUCCAGGGGCCAGCCCAGGACAGGCCUCCCACUGCCUGCUCCCUGGCCUGCACCUCGGCUGUGCUCGAGUCACUGGUUGUAACUCUCCCCAUGGUUUUCCUUUGCUUAAAAGGUGCAUCGGUCUCUUUUUACACUUAUUUAUAAAUCACUGUGGCAUUUCCCUGGGAAGCGGCACUGGGUGGCAGAGCUGAGUUAAGGAGGAAGCCCUGGCCCAGGGUCUGCAGGAGCCUGGCUGAGUGAGCAGGGAAUAUCUCACUCUGUGUUCCCACCUCACCCCUGUGCUGGGAAUAAAACUGCCUGUGGCUGUCCUGGCAGCCCUGUGUUCAGGCCUCGGUCCUAUCCCUGAGGCAGGGAUCCCAGUGGGGUCCAGCCUGGUUGUGCACCCCAAAAAGCUGAUGGAGUUCCAGCAUCAGUGUCCCAUCUGUCCUGCAGUCCUGGCAGUACAGUGCUGCAGGGCACUGGAGAAGGGUCAGGGGGUGAGUGUGCAGGAAGUUUUCUGUCCCUCUCUCAUGACCACCAGCAGUUGGGAAUGUGGGAUGCCAGGCUUUGAGAGCCCUUGGCUUUGCUCUGCUCCUUCCUCUGCUACUAGAAGGGGAGAUGGAGGCUGUGUGGUUGCAGGGAAGGAGGUAGGAAGGUCCAGCUGCUGUGGGGCAGGUCAAGCUCUCCCAGCUUCCUAACCCAGGAUGGAGGGUUGGGCAGAGUUCUGGUGCUGGGGCUUGUCCUGUCCCUGAGAACAACCUGCACAUCUGUCUGCAGCUGCUCUGCCCCCUGGCUUUGCCCACCUAAGGCAUCGUGGGGAGAUGCCUCAGUCCCGCUCCCCGCCUGAACACUGGCUUUCUCUCCUCUGCUUGGCAGGGCUGGCACCAGCCCUGGGAACCUGCACAACUCCUGAGUAGCAGGAGAGGGACAGCCUUGAGCUUGUGCCCUGCAUCUGGGAGCUUGGAAAGGGCUUGCAGCAGCUGGGGGAACAUGGAGCAGAGGCCACAAAACACUUGAGCCUCACUGCAGAGCCCUGCUCAGCUGGAAAUCAAGUGUGCAGAGCUGUCCUGCCCUGAAGUUGUGGCUCCAGAGACAGGAAUGUCACCUGUGCUGCUGCUGCUGCAGCCAUCAGGGGGAUGGUGAGGCACCUGUGGCUCUGGGGCACAGGCUUAGCAGUGGGCUGGGAAGGGAAAUGGGUGCAUAGGGAGUCACUUGGUGGUGUGUGUUGGGAUUGUGCCCCUCUGCCCAUAGAGCUGAUCACUCCUGCCUGGUCCCCCUGCCCUCCAGCAUGCGUAGGCACCUCUGCUGUGCUGCAGGACACCUUGGGACUUGGCUGCCUGCCUCUGCCUUUCCCUGCAGAGCAGUGGGAAGCACCUCUGGCUGCUUCUGGGGGGACAGCGUGCCCCCAUCCCAUGCUCUGUUCCUCCAGGCCCCGCAGGCAGCCAGGCCCCUGGGUCCCCCAGCUGCCGUGUGCUCCAUGUGAGGCCGGGGCAGCUCCCGGGGAGCCGUGCCCACAGCUGUUCUACAUCCCCUCGGCUUUGGUUUCUGUGACUGUCCAAAUUAUCUGUUACAAUAAACCGACAUCUCCAAUC